AUGGCUGAAUUCCACCAAAAGAUCUGUGCUCUUAACCGAGUGCUGCUGAUGGUGAUGACUGGCUUGAGUCAUGAGCGUCCUCCUAAGGGAAAGAAACCGGCCGCAGCGCCGUUCCCGCAAUCUAAAGCGGGAAGCAAGAAACCUGCUAAGAAUCCUCUCCUCGAGAGACGUCCUCGCAACUUUGGUAUCGGUCAAGACAUCCAGCCAAAACGGAAUCUCUCGCGCAUGGUCAAGUGGCCCGAAUAUGUUCGCCUUCAACGUCAGAAGAAGAUCCUCAAUCUUCGUCUCAAAGUCCCACCCGCUAUUGCCCAGUUCCAAAACACCUUAGACCGAAACACCGCCGCCCAGACCUUCAAGCUCCUAAAUAAAUACCGACCAGAAUCCAAGGCGGAGAAGAAAGAACGUCUCCAUAAAGAAGCGACAGCAGUCGAGGAAGGCAAGAAGAAGGAGGACGUCAGCAAGAAGCCAUACGCCGUCAAGUACGGUCUCAACCACGUGGUGGGUCUGGUCGAGAACAAAAAGGCCGCUCUCGUCCUCAUCCCGAACGAUGUCGACCCGAUCGAGCUUGUCGUCUUCCUGCCCGCUCUUUGCCGAAAGAUGGGUGUGCCAUACGCAAUCAUCAAGGGCAAGGCCAGGCUCGGCACCGUCGUCCACAAGAAGACUGCUGCUGUUCUGGCAUUGACGGAGGUGCGAUCAGAAGACAAGUCAGAGCUGUCGAAGCUGGUGUCUGCCAUCAAGGACGGAUACAGCGACAAGUACGAAGAGAGCAAGAGGCAUUGGGGUGGUGGCAUUAUGGGAGCGAAGGCCGUGGCGAAGCAAGAGAAGAAGAGGAAAGCCCUUGAGAGUGCCAUCAAGAUCUAG